GACUGGAAAUUAGUGACUAUUCGUCAUCACCUUCAAAAGAGAAGCACAAGACUUAGUACUCAAGGCUGUCACUUCCACAAAACAGCACAGAGAUUAAGCCCUCUUCAUCACCAUGCUGGGGUACUCAGAGUUUUACUUCAAUGUGGACCACGGCUACCUGGAGGGGCUGGUCCGAGGUUUUAAAGCUGGGAUCUUGACAAAUGCAGACUACAUCAACCUAGUGCAGUGUGAAACACUGGAAGACUUGAAGUUACAUCUACAGACCACAGACUAUGGCAACUUCUUGGCCAAUGAAACUGGCCCUCUCACCAUUUCCACCAUUGAUGACAAACUGAAAGACAAAUUACUCACAGAAUUUCAAUACUUUAGAAACCAUGCCUUUGAGCCACUUGCCACGUUUCUGAACUUUAUCACGUACAGCUAUAUGAUUGACAACGUGAUUCUGUUGAUAACUGGUACACUGCAUCAGCGACCCAUAGCUGAACUUGUUCCCAAGUGCCACCCUUUGGGCAGUUUUGAGCAAAUGGAAGCAGUCAGCAUUGCCCCAAACCCUGCAGAGCUAUUCAAUGCAAUUUUGGUUGACACACCAUUAGCUCCUUUCUUUCAAGACUGCUUGUCUGAAAAUGACUUGGAUGAAAUGAACAUUGAAAUAAUGCGAAACAAACUGUACAAGUCUUAUCUCGAGGCUUUUUAUAAGUUCUGUGAAAAACAAGGAGGCACCACAGCAGAAAUAAUGUGCCCUGUUCUUGAGUUUGAAGCAGACCGACGUGCCUUUAUCAUCACCAUUAAUUCAUUUGGCACGGAGCUGAGUAAAGACGACAGAGGGAAACUAUAUCCAACUUGUGGAAAACUUUAUCCAGAAGGCUUACACCUCCUGGCCAAUGCAGAGGACUAUGAGCAAGUGAAGUGUGUGGCAGAUUACUAUGCUGAAUACAAGGCUAUGUUUGAAGGGGUAGGAAAUGGUAUGGGAGAAAAGACACUGGAAGAUGCAUUUUUUGAACAUGAGGUAAAAAUGAAUGUGCUUGCCUUCAAUAACCAGUUCCAUUUUGGAGUGUUCUACGCUUAUGUCAAGCUGAAGGAACAAGAAAGCAGAAAUAUUGUCUGGAUUGCUGAGUGCAUUUCCCAGAGACAUAGAACAAAAAUUAACAACUACAUUCCUAUUUUCUAAUUCAGAUAAUUUAUAGUUCUAGAGUGCACAAACAGAAACAAUUUGUGAAUACUGAAGAAGAACAUUUUUAAAAAGCUUUUCACAGAUUUUACAAAAUGUAUUAAUGGUCACCUUUAUACAUAGCACAAUGGAAACAAAACAAAAACUAAGAUCAUAGAUACAAGUAUUUUUCCCCUUUAUCAGAUAAUAAUUGACUGAAUCUUAUUUUUAGCUGUUUUCCCCCCUCAAUAUGCUCAUUUUAAUUGAGUUGGUCAAUAAAAAUUGCCUACAGGUU